AUGGCGAGUAAAGACAUCAAUAAUUUAACUCAAGAAUGUGCUAUUGUCUGGUUAGAUAGUAAUAUUGGGAAAGCCAAAGGUAAUCUAGAUACAAAGGCAUUUUUACGACGACUGGUUCGAGGCCGUUUAUUUACAUUUGGUGAUUCUAAUAAAUGCGUUGAAUUUAUGAUGACUGAACUGGUAACAAAACGAGUAUUAUUUAUAGUUUCUAACGCAUUUAGUCCGGAUGUUGUACCUCUUAUUAAUGAAUUACCAUAUAUACAAGCAAUAUAUAUAUAUUGUGGUAAUCGACAGAGAGCAGAAUCAUGGAUUAAAUCAAAAUAUAACAUCUCUGGUAUAUUCACAAAACAAUCAGAACUAUUACACAAAAUUUAUAAUGAUACUAACAUGUACAAUACAGAUAAUGAUUUACCAAUGAGAAUAUUUCAUCUUGCAGAACAAGAAAAUACAUUACAAAAAUUGACUGAAGAAAGUGCAACAUUUAUGUGGUAUCGAUCAUUACUGAUGGUUGUUCGAUUCAUGGCAAAAUAUGAUGAUUUUGAAAAGAAUUAUUGUCCAAAAAGAGCAUUUUGGUGGUAUACUUCUGAUAGUUUUGUAUAUCGGUUAUUAAAUCGAGCUUUACGUACACAAGAUAUUGAAAUUAUAUUUACAUUUCGAUUUUUUGUCAAUGAUCUUCAUAAUCAAAUCGAACAAAUCUAUCAUCAAUAUUUAAAUAGUUAUUCUUCUACUAUUGAAAAUCGUCAACUAACAGUUUAUCGUGGUCAACGUUUAAGUAUGACAGAACUUGAUCUACUUAAACGUAAUGAAAAUGAACUUAUUUCAAUAAAUAGUUUCUUUAGUACUACAUUGAAUCUAAAUUUAGCUCAAAUUUUUGCUGGUACAAAUGAUCAAUCGAAUGAUCCAUCAUCAUUACAAUCAGUUCUUUUCAUCAUUGAUAUUAAUAAUAUAAAUGAAGAAGAAGAAGUACUUUUUACAAUAAAUGCUAUUUUUAAGGUUCAAUCAGUUAAACAACAUAGCAAUAUAUGGCAUGUUCAUUUGCAACUAACUGAACGUUACGUAGAAUAUAUACUUACACAACUUCCACCAAAUGAUAAAUCAAUUGGAGAUGCUUAUAAUUUACUUGGUCUUAUCUAUAAAGAUACUCAUCAACUAGAAAAAUCUGUUGAAUGCUAUGAAAAAGCUCUUGAUCUUUAUUCUCGAUUAAAUUUUUAUGAUAUUCCUCAAGUUAUUGUUACCCGUUGUAAUCUUGGUUUGGCUUAUUUAGCAUUAGGAAAUAGUCGAAGUGCCGAAGAACAACUACAAGAAGCCGAAGAGAAAUUAUUCAAAUCGUUACAAUCACAAAAUUCAUUACUGAUAGCUACAGUAGAGAGUCUCAAAGCAAAAAUUCAAACGGAAUAUGGCGAUAAUACAAAUGCUUUGAAAAGUCUUCAAUUAGUUUUAACGAAUAAAUAUAAACGAUUACCAUCAGCUCAUGCUUCAAUAGCAUCAACAUUGAAUUCAAUAGGUAUUGUGUAUGAAAAUAUGAACAAUAAUGUCGAAGCAUGUAACUAUUUUCAACAAGCAUUGAACAUCGGAAUGAAAACGUUACCGUCUGAUCAUCUCGAUUUAGCUGAUUAUCAUACAAACGUUGGUCGUAUUUAUUACAAACAGACACAAUUUAAACUUGCUUUAGAACAAUUUCAAUUAGCACGAAAAAUUAUGGAAGAUUAUUCACGAGACGAGAAUGGCAGAAUUUCUAGAUUAGAAUUAUAUAUCAAUGCGAUAGAAAAAAAUUUAUGA